GGGAGCAAGCAAGGAGCCCUAGGAGCCAGACAGCAGGGAAGUCUCUGAGCCAGUGGCAGUGUGUGCCACAUGGAGCCCUGGCUGGGAGAUGGGGCUGCAGGCCGCUGCAUGGCGGGGUGCCUUGCCCGCGGCUGCAGCGCCCAUGGCCGACCCUCUCCCUACAGUGACCUCGCAGACGGCCACUGGUGCCAAGCGCCGAGAGGAGCCGCUGCGUGGGCACGGGCAGAAGGACAGAGCCUUUUCAAACCCACAGCAGUCCUUGCAGGAGGCGCUCACCAUGCUCGGCAGCGAUGACUGGGAACAGAAGAAGAAGGGACUCUUAAACAUCACACACCUGGCUGAGUCCCAUUCUGAAGUCCUGCUUUGUCGGCUUCGUGAGAUUUGCUUGGCAGUUACCAGCGAGGUGACCAACCUGAGGUCCAAGGUGUCGUGCUCUGCAAUUGUCACUCUGGGAGAUCUCUUUGCCAUCUUGAGGAAGGACAUGGACUCCGAGGCGGAUGAGGUUGCUGCGGUCCUUCUCCACAUGGUGUGGAACUCCCCAGAGUUUAUUCAGAAGGCAGCCUGUCAGAGCCUGGGGAUGAUGGUCGAGAACGUGACUCCUGCACGAGCAAUGACUGUUCUCAUGGACAGGGGAGUCAAGAGCCGCUACGUGCAGGUGCGGAAGUGUGCGGCCGAACUGCUCCUGUCCUUGAUGGAGAAAAUGGGAGUCACGAAGCUCGCAGGCACACCCAGGGCUGAGAGGCUGGCAGAGGUGGCAGGGACGCUUGCUCAGGACUGUCACAAGGACACAAGGCAUUAUGGACAGGAGAUGGUGAAGAUGUUACUGACCCAUCAAAAAUUUAAAAAGCUUCUGGAACAAGCUCUUUCCACACAUGACCUGGAAGAUAUCCUGAGAAGAAUUAAGAAGAAAGUAAGUGCUUGGCAGGAGAAAUAG